AGCCCUCACACAUUUUAUAGGAAUUAAUUCACAGUGAUCAUGCACUUUUUUUUUUUCCAGGAGGCCUUCUAUUCUAUUGGGCAGCUUGAGUCACGUGACCAGGAAUUGGCUGUAAGUCGCCCGGGCUCCAGUUUUAAUACAGCAGGGUCCCCCCCUACGUCUGAUUUAUCAGCAAUAUACAAUAAUAGGGCCUCGGGAAAUAUUGGGACCCUAAUAUUUGCUCUCCCACCCAUAGGCUGGCCAUGAAUUUUGAAUUUGAGACUGAGAUCGGGUUUAUAAACAGCCAGCCUUCGCUUGCAGAGUGCCUGACGUCCUUCCCUGCUGUCCUGGAGACAUUUCAAACUUCAUCAAUCAAGGACUCGACAUUAAUUCCUCCUCCUUUUGAACAAACAAUCCCUAGUCUGAAUCCGGGAUCCGGCAGCCAGCCCAGGACCAAGAGCCAAAAACGCUCAGAUCAUGGCCUGGUCCACCAGCCUAUCCAUCAGCCUGGCCAUUUGGCUGCAGAGUUCCCCUGGAUGAAAGAAAAGAAAUCGGGCAAGAGAAGCAACCAAGGAUCUCCUCAAGCUCCCUUGUCAGCCCAGGAGGCUGCAGGAGGCUCCCCGGCAGAACCGGCCGGGAUCCAGGACACCAGCGGCAGCUCCAGGAGGUUAAGGACAGCCUACACCAACACCCAGUUACUGGAGUUAGAGAAGGAAUUCCACUUUAAUAAGUACCUGUGCAGACCCCGGCGAGUGGAGAUUGCGGCUCUACUGGAUCUGACCGAGAGACAGGUCAAGGUUUGGUUUCAAAACCGCAGGAUGAAGCACAAAAGACAAACGCAACACAAAGACCAGCAGGAUGGAGAGCUGACCUUCUCCAAUUUAGAAGACUGCGACGAUGGGGACGAGAGUCCAUCUUAUCAGCAAGGAUUAGACAGUAACGACUCCUUGAGGGAGACAGACCCUUACACUUCCGAGACCCACAGCACUCAGCCACGUCCUUCAGGCAAAGAAUCCGAUCCAAGAAGCCCCCUGUAUCCAACACCCACAAGUGAGACUGAGGCAGGGGCAGAGGUGGGUUGCAUGGACAAUGUGCUCUCAGAAAGCGAGGACAAUUCCUUAUUGUCAGAGCUGACUUUAUUCUCUGCAGACUCCUGCCUACACAUUUCAGAUGGCUCCCUCCAUAGUCCCGUCCUCUUCUCCCAGGAAGAUAUCGACUUUCUCACUAGCACACUUUGCAGCAAAGAUCUCCACAAUCUAGACUUUUAAGUUGUUAUUAUUAUAAUUAUUAUUGCUAUUAUUAUUAUUAUUUGGUGGUGUCAGCCUCUGAAACGAGAGGAUAUCAUUUCGAUAUGUUCCAUGUAUUUGUUUAUUUAUUUAUUUAUUUUCGAACGUCUUCUGAGGUUCUUGUUUAUUGUUAUUCUCAUGCAUCUAAUUAUUUUUUAUUUUUUUAUUUUGGGAUCGACAAUUUGAAAAUGAUCAGGAUUAGAAAUUAAUAAUUGGAUUUUUCAAUGACUUUAGUGACGUCUCAGGAAAUCGGAGGUUGGUUUAGAUCUAUUAGGCCCAAGGCUUAAGUGAUAGAGUAUUUAUUUGAGGUUUAUUAGCUAUUUUAUAAUUAUUUAUUUGACUUUAUUUUCAUAGAUGAAAUGUAUUUAUAAUAUUCCGUGUGCAGUUUUGACACGUUAAUAAAAACACAAUUAUUCUGAG